ACAAGAUGGAAAUUAUCAAAUAUUCCCAUUGGCAUUCGGAGUCAUUGACAGUGAGAACAUAGCAGGGUGGACGUGGUUUUUCAAACAACUGUUACAGUUUGUCCCUGAUGAAGACGAUCUUGUCUUCGUCUCCGACAGACAUGCGGCCAUAUAUGCUGGACUAAGGACAGUGUAUCCACUUGCAAAGCACGCUUGCUGCACUGUGCAUUUAUUUAGGAACGUUGUCCACCAUUUCAAGUGUGAGGGGCUUGCUAAAAUGGUGUCCAAUGCGGCUAGAUCUUACACUGUGGGAGAUUUGCGAUAUUGGUUUGAAGAAAUUCAGAAAAGAGACAUCAAUUGUGCCAAUUAUUUGGUAGAGAUAGGAAUAUCUCAUUGGACACUUGCGUACUUCCCAGGAAUGCGAUACAAUGUGAUGAGCAGCAAUAUCUCGGAGUCCCUAAAUGCUGCAAUGCAAAAAGCCAUAGAUUUCCCGAUAGUGACGAUGGUAGAAUUCAUUAGGACUAUGUUAAUGCGUUGGUUUUACGAGAGAAGAGAAGCUGCAACUAGAACGAGGACAAGAUGUACGCCAGAGAUCGAGGAAAUGCUAAUAGAUCACCUGAAAUUAGCGACAGAUUGUGCUGUCAUAGCAGCAAGUGAAUGGAUUUAUCAAGUAAACGACGGUUUUGGUAUCGUUUUCACUGUGGAUCUAGAGAAAAAAACAUGUACUUGCAGAGUAUUUGAUGUGCUAAUGGUGCCGUGUUGUCACGCUUUAGCCGCGGUGGGGAUAAGGAACGUGGACAUUUACUCCCUGAUCGGGAACUAUGCAUUCGUGACGGAGUGGCGUAAGCUCUGGCGUGCCCAUAUUCUACUUCCGCCUAAGGAAAAAGACACGGAGGUCCCAAACGUAGUUAGUGAAAUGGUUGUGAAUCCACCAAAAACAAGAAGACCAGGCGGAAGACCAAAGACAGUACGCAUACCAUCGCGGGGAGAGUAUCAGGGCAAAGGAGGGAAGAAAAAAAAACCUAACAAAUGCACCACAUGUGGGAAGGAUGGCCACAACAGAGCAACUUGCAAAAAUCCUAUCUAAGUUUUAGGGAAUAAUACUUCGGCGGCUUUUGGUCCAUGAAGUAUUGCGGAAAAGAGGGUUUAUCGUUACGUAGGUUGGAUAGGCCACGGGAAAUUUGUUUA